AUGGCUCCAAAACGGCAGAGUACUUCCUCCGAUGAUAGUUCAUCUAAGAAGAGGAAAGUCAUCACCAUGGAGGUAAAGUACGACGUCGUUAAACGUUCUGAGAAGGGAGAGACAAACACCGAGAUAGGUCGUGCUUUAGGGCUUAGCAGGAUGUCGGUGGUAACCAUAGUGAAGGACAAGGAACGUAUUCUGAAGCACGUUAAGGAUGCUGCACUGAUGAAGGCAACGGUGAUUAACAUGAAGCAACGUAGCCAGAGCAUUGUGGAAAUGGAGAAGUUGCUGAUGAUCUGGCUGGAGGACCAGAACCAGCAACGUGUUCCAGUGAGCCUAAGUGUGAUCCAGGAGAAGGCUAGAGAGCUGCAUGAGGCAGUAGUGAAGAAGAAUGGGGAAGGCCGUGCUAGUGGAGAAUUUUCCGCGAGUAGAGGUUGGUUUAACUGUUUUAAGGCUCGUGCUAAUUUACAUAAUGUGAAGCUGCAAGGUGAAGCUGCUACUGCUGAUAGCGAAGCAGCAGAAAGUUUUCCUAGUGGUUUGGCUGAAAUAAUUAAGGAUCAUGGUUACACAGCUGACCAAGUUUUUAAUGUAGAUGAGACUGGCUUAUUUUGGAAAAGGAUGCCCAACCGUACAUAUCUUUCCAAGGAGAAGUCAGCACCUGGCCAUAAAGCUGGUAAGGAGCAACUGACUUUACUCUUUGGGGCCAAUGCAAGUGGCGACUUGAAACUUAAGCCCUUGCUAGUGUAUUUGGCAGAAAAUCCCAUGGCUUUCAAGGGCAUUUUCAAGAGUCAACUCCCUGUCAUUUGGAAGUCUAACAAGAAGGCUUGGGUUACCUUGAUGGUCUUCGAAAAUUGGUUCAAUGACCAUUUCGUACCAGCAGUGGAACGGUAUUUGUCUUCGAAGGGUCUGCCUUUUAAGGUUCUUUUAGUUCUAGACAAUGACCCUGGUCACCCUUCAAAUUAA